AUGGAUACUUACAGUGCUACAAGUGCAGCGAUUGUUGUAUUGUUCAUAUGUUUGGCCAUUCUGUGUUUGAGAUACAAGUCAUCGUUGUGGCAAGAACAUUUUGGGUUGACUACAAAAAGUAACCAAAAUAUUGAAGCAUUCCUUAAAAAUCAUGCUGCUCUAACUAUACAAAGGUAUAGCUUAUCAGAGGUCAAGAAAAUGACAAGCAACUUCAAAGUUAAACUAGGACAAGGAGGUUUUGGUGCAGUGUUCCAAGGAAAGCUAUCCAAUGGUAGUCACGUAGCUAUAAAGAUGUUGAACGAAACAAAAAAGAAUGGUGAAGAUUUCAUCAACGAGGUUGCAAGCAUCAGUAGAACUUCUCACGUUAAUAUUGUCACUCUUCUUGGAUUCUGUCUGGAAGGCCGCAAGAGGGCUCUCGUUUAUGAAUUUAUGUCAAACGGUUCCCUUGACAAAUUCAUUUAUAGAGAACCCGAAAACAUUGCACUCUUGAGUUGGGAUAUUAUAUAUCAAAUCUCCAUGGGUAUAGCUCAGGGGCUAGAAUACUUGCAAAGAGGAUGCAAAACAUGA